UCCCUCCGAUCCAAAGUCUUCAUCAAGUCUGUUCUUUAAUUUAGAAUUUUACAUUGAAGUAUAGAUGAAGUCUAGAAUUUGGUUCCAUUGCCUUUAUUCAACAAACUUUGGGCUUAAAAGAAACCAUGACAAACUGGGAACUAUAGUCUAGCUAGCUUCAAUUCACAUUAUAUUUUUCAUACAACAAUUCAAAAAACUCCCACCCCCAUGUCGAAUGCAGGCGACCAAAAAGAUGGCUGCCAGCGCGGAGUCGUCUUACCCCUUCUAGACAAUGCGGUGCUCGACAGAAUUCUGGACAUUCACGGCCCAGAAAACAUUGAAUUCAAUAUGUCGCCUAUGAUCAAAGUCAUUCAGGAUAUCGUGUACAAAUCCAAUCACUUCCCAGAUACUAUUUCUGAGAAACCAACGUUCAGAUAUGAAGACGUUAUGAAGACGAUGCACGAAAGUCUUGCAUUUAAAAUAAGUGUCAUUUCAUGCGAGAUAUUGGGAAGCUGUUACAGGACAGAAGACAUACUGGAAACAACGUUGUCCAUGUUUACUGCACUGUCUAGCUAUUCAUGGAUGGCGAAAGGAGUGGUCGCCUUGGCAGCUUUUGCCGUAAACUAUGGACAAUUCCGGCUGGUUGUCGAGCCGCGUUCCACCGGCGGCGAUGAUACAGCUACGGUGGUGGCGUUUCUGGAGCAAGUGCCUGUGGAAAUGUGUGAAACGGAUUUGUAUAAAGAUAUUACGGACUUAGCCGACGCCUUGCUGCUUCUGAUUAGGACCACUUGGAAGCUGCUCUGUUUUUACACCAAAUUCAUCAAGCCUGGUGCAGAGGCAAUAAAAAGGCUUAAUCAUCAACUCCCCACCAUUAUCAGUUGGAUAAUUCAGAGUAUCGUCGUCUGCCAAUCGCUAAUCACAAACCUCGCCCACACCGGAUACGAGUACAUGUCAUCAAGUGCAGAGGAGUGGGAGCUAUCAUGUCUAAAGCAGAAAGUGACCUCUUAUUUCAAUGAAUUUGAAAUUAGUGCGGCUGAGGAGCUAGCCAACCUUUUUCCUAAGGAUAACAUCACCGUUCUAAAACAAGUGAUUUGCUCGGAGGAAAUCAUGAAUAUGGCACUGUCUGUUGGUGCCAGGACAAAACAUCCCGGAUUAGCCAAAGUUGAUACUCUGGAGAAGAAGCGAGUGCUGCUAUACCUCUCAACCCUUGAUCUAGAUGAUGCUGAGAUCAAAGCCGUGGAAAGGAUACACGAAAUCAUCAAGAAAUCCAACAUGGUGUUGGUGUGGUUGCCUGUUCUGGAUAAGCCUGAGGACUGGAAGGAAUUUGAAGACAACAUAGGAUUAUUCGAACAGAAACGAGGUUUAAUGCCAUGGCAUGUGGUACGGAAGCCUCAAUUUCUUGAUCCCACCAUUAUUGCAUUCAUCAAGAAUAGCUGGGAGCUGGAGAAGAAGUCCAAGAUCAUGGUAUUUGACUCAGAAGGCAGACUGGAGAAGGAAAACGCCUUGCCCAUGAUUCUGGUUUGGGGAAGCUUGGCUUCUCCUUUCACUACAUCCAAGGAAGAUGAGCUCUGGAGAUCUGAGAAACAAUGGAACUUAGAGUUACUCCUCACGGUUCCUAUGCGAGCCGAUCUCAAGCUAAAUAUUGAAGAAGACAAAUAUAUCUGCCUGUUUGGAGGAGAAGAAGUGAACUGGAUCGAGCAAUUCACGGAGCUAACAGAGCACGCCGUGAAAGAUUCAGGAGUUUCCAUGGAGAUGCGUUACAUAGGCGGAAGCAUCCCGAGGAACACGGAGGAAAUCCACAAAGCUAAAGUUGCGGAGAGUUGGAAUAACAUAUUCAUAGACAGGAGUUUGAGUUGGCUAUUCUGGGCGAGGAUCGAGGUUAUGUUCGACUACUGUCUGAAACGAGGAAUCAAUUGGGACAAAGAUUCCGGCAAUCCAAUCCUGGAGGGACUGGUGACAAUGCGCAGCUUCGACAAAAGCCGGCGAGGAUGGGCGAUGAUAUGCAAAGGGGCAGACAAAAUUACUAGGGCUUUUUCCGAUGUUAUGCUCAAGUGCUUCGAGGAGUACGAUGAGAAAUGGAAGAGAGAGGUGAAGGGAGGGGAAUAUUUUCUUGAAGCACUCAAGUCACGUAUUGAACAGAACUGUGAGACGCUGUACUUUCCCCAGUCGUCUGAAGGAAUACCGGAGAAGAAGAUCUGCGUUGUGUGUAGGCGCGUGAUGAGGAAAUCAUUCACGUUUAGUUGCUGGGGCGAGGAUGAUGCCGGCGACGGAAAACAAGAGACUCCGGCCAAGACAAAGGAUGCAGGCCCUGCAAUGGCGGACAGUGCUGAAUCGUCCCAUUCAAAUCAAAGUUCAGAUACUUCAACAACACAGAAAUAGUGUAAAACGUACUUAUUGCCUUAUAUUCAUCAUAUAAUAACUGUUUUUUCUAUGAACUCUGUUUCUCCACAUUACUGUAUUUUAAUUUGUUUCUUCUUUCUCCGGAUUGUGUUGAAUUGGUCCAUUCCCUCCAAUGUAAAAAUGUGUGUAUUUUUUUUUUUUUUUUAAGAAUUACCCCAUAAAUGACAUA